GGCAUUUUAGGGAAUUGUAAGUGUACUCAGCUAAGUAUUUAGCUGAUUGCUAGUUGCUACCACAUUGAUUACAAAACUUGUGCCGAAAAAUUUCAGAAUGUAUGCACUAUCCAGCUCACUUGUGCGCUCGCCAGCUCUGCGCCAGGGCCUCCAAAAGGUCGCCGCCAGCCGCCAGGUGUCGCUGAAAGUGGUCUCCGUCGGUUCGACCAACAAGGAUGAAUCGUACUUCGAGAAGAACGAGCGUCUGGGCCGCGAGAUGUCACCCCAUCUGACUAUCUACAAGCCGCAGCUGACCUCCAUGCUGUCGAUCAUGCACCGCGGCACCGGCCUCGCUCUUGGCAUGGGCGUCUGGGGCCUGGGUCUAGGCGCCCUCAUCGCCUCGCAGGACAUCAGCCACUAUGUGACCAUGGUGGAGGGACUACAGCUCAGUGGCGCCACUCUGACGGCCAUCAAGUUCAUCAUUGCGUACCCGGUGGGCUAUCACUCGGCCAACGGCAUCCGCCAUCUGCUGUGGGACACGGGUCGUUUCCUCAAAAUCAAAGAGGUCUAUUCCACUGGUUAUGCAAUGGUCGCCGCCUCCUUUGUGCUCACUGCGAUCUUGGCCCUGCUCUAGAUUUCCUUAUUAAAUCUUUAUUAAAUUCUAAUUGCGAACAUGUCUUAAAUUUGUUAAAUGCAUAAUAUAUGUACAGUUUAUUUAUACAAAUGUUA